CGAUGGCCAUGGAGUGGAAGAUACUUCCCAUUCACUUGUUGCUGCUACUUUCUGUUUUCUUGAUUCAGCAAGUUUCUUCUCAAGAUGUAUCAAGCUGUGCAGGGAGAUGUGGGGAAGGGUAUUCUAGAGAUACCCCCUGCAACUGUGAUUAUAACUGUCAACUCUACAUGGAGUGCUGCCCUGAUUUCAAGAAAUUCUGCACUGUGGAGCUCUCCUGUAAAGGCCGCUGCUCCGAGUCCUUUGAAAGAGGGAGGGAGUGUGACUGUGACAACCAAUGUAAGAAGUAUGGCAAGUGCUGUCCCGAUUACGACGAUUUCUGUGAAGUAAAUAGCCCCACAUCACCACCAUCUUCAAAGGCUGCACCUCCGCCUGCAGGAGCACGUCAACCCAUCAAAUCAACAACCAAACGUUCACCCAAACCAACAGACAAGAAGACGACUAAGAAAGUUAUAGAAUCAGAGGAAAUAACAGAAGAACAUUCUGUUUCUGAAAAUCAAGAGUCUUCUUCCUCUUCUUCUUCUUCCUCUUCAAGUAUUCGGAAAAUCAAGUCUUCCAAAAAUUCAGCUGCUAAUAAAGAAUUAAAGAAGAAACCCAAAGUAAAAGAUAACAAGAAAGAAAAUCCUAAGAAGAAACCUGCCCCGGAACCACCAGUGGUAGAUGAAGCUGGAAGUGGAUUGGACGAAGGUGAUUCCAAGCCCACCCCAACUCCUGACACGCCCACCACUCAAAGCACUAAGGUUACCACAACUUCCAAGGUUACAACAGUGACAACAGUAAGUCCUAAACCCAGCCCGUCACCGAAACCUGAAACAUCCAAAGACACAUCUUCAACAGCAAGUAAGGAGAAAACGGUUGAAACUAAAGAGACUUCUAAAACAACAAAAGAGACUUCAGCUAGUACAUCAGAGAAGACGACUUCAGGUAAAGAGACGCGAAGUGCAGAAAAAACAUCUAAAGAUUUGGAAGCCACGUCAGUUUCUGUUAAAACUACAACCGAAGCUGAAACUACAACCACAUCUCUUACACCCACCACUCCUCAAACGCCGCCUCCCACCACCACCACCACCAAGGAACCUACAACCACCCCCAAGAAGCCCGAACCCACCACUCCCAAAAAGCCCGAGCCCACCACCCCCAAAAAGCCCGAGCCCACCACCCCCAAAAAGCCCGAGCCCACCACCCCCAAAAAGCCGGAGCCUACCACCCCCAAAAAGCCUGAGCCCACCACCCCCAAAAAGCCCGAGCCUACCACCCCCAAGAAGCCAGCUCCAACUUCUCCUGAGACACCUCCAACCACCUCAGAGGCCUCUACUCCAGCUACCACCAUGGUGCCUCCCACUCCUCCUGAGAACCCUGAUGAAUCAACUCCUGAGUAUCCUGUAGAUCCCACACCAAAGGCUCCUGAAGGGACCAAAUCUGAAACGACCACCACAUCAAAGGAUAAGACAACAGAAAAAGGCACGCACACUACAACUGAAAUUACAACUGCUACUUCUACAACGAAAGAGACAGCAACUCCAAAAGAAGACAAGACCACUGAAUCCCAAACAAGUACAACCAAGCAGGUGACAUCUACCACAACCAAGGACACCACAUCGGCCAAAGUUACUCCUAAGGAAACAACUCCUGCACCGGAAGUGACUCCAACAGAAGACAAGACCACUGAGUCCCAAACAAGUACAACCAAGCAGGUGACAUCUACCACAACCAAGGACACCACAUCGGCCAAAGUUACUCCUAAGGAAACAACUCCUGCACCUGAAGUGACGGCUGCAACAAAAAAGACAACUACAACUGAAGAGACUACAAAUACGUCUGAAGACACAGUAACUACGUCCAAAGUGACGACUGCUAAAUCCCCAAAGCCAACCACAGCACCCCAAAUGCCCACCACCACCAAAAAGCCCAACACAACACCUAAAGUGACAAAACCAAAGCCUACACCAUCUCCCCCAAAGACCACCACAUCAACGGUGCCUACAAUGAACCCUGCCUCUUCAGAGGAAGAUUUGCUCCAAACCACCACCAGCUCUGACCAAGCUAGUAACUCAGAGAUGGCUGAAGAACAUCCAAAGAAUGAAGAUGCAAAUGAUGCUGAAGGAGAAAAACCUUAUGUGAUUCUCAGGCCCCCUGUGAUAACUCCUCUAAUUAUCCCAGGAGCUGAUUUCACAGUGAGAGGAUCCGAUCAAGGCAUUGGCGUCAACCCCAUGCUUUCAGAUGAAACCAAUUUAUGCAAUGGCAGAUCAGUAGAUGGACUGACGACUCUGGCCAAUGGGACAUUAGUUGCAUUUCGAGGUCAUUACUUCUGGAUGCUAAAUCCACUCAGUCCACCAUCUCCUCCUCGUAGAAUUACUGAAGUCUGGGGUAUUCCCUCUCCCAUUGAUACUGUUUUUACUAGGUGCAACUGUGACGGAAAAACUUUCUUCUUUAAGGGUUCUCAGUACUGGCGUUUCACCAAUGAUGUAAAAGAUCCUGGGUAUCCCAAACAAAUUGUAAAAGGAUUUGGAGGACUAAAUGGAAAAAUACUGGCAGCUCUUUCAAUACCUAAAUACAAGGAGAGACCUGAAUCUGUGUAUUUUUUCAAGAGAGGGGGCAGAGUUCAGAAGUAUACUUAUAAACAGGAACCCAACAGGCAGUGCUCUGGAAGAAGACCUGCUCUGAAUUAUCCGGUGUAUGGAGAAACAACACAGGUUAGGAGACUUCGCUUUGAACGGGCUAUUGGAUCUCAAACACACACCAUCAGCAUUCAAUAUUCGCGGCCUGUCAGAGUCCUUUAUCAAGACAAAGGUUUCCUCCACAAUGAAGCCCAAACAAGUACACUGUGGAGAGGACUUCCCAAUUUGGUUACCUCAGCUAUAUCCCUGCCCAACAUCAGAAAACCCGAUGGCUACGAUUACUAUGCUUUUUCUAGGGAUCAAGCCUAUAACUUGAAUGUGCCCAGCAGAACAGCAAGAGCCGUUACUACUCCUUCUGGGAAGACCUUAUCCAAUGUCUGGUACAACUGUCCUUAGACCGGUGGGCAAAGGAACAGACAAGUAAAACAAUGAUAAAAUCUGACACUGAAAUACCUUUUAUUAAUAAAGAAUGUUGAGAUAAGCAUACCAA